GACCUCUUCUAGUUCUAUGCUUUUCUAUACUUACAUCCCAAAGUCACACACAUGUUAUUGCUAGCUACCAUUAAUAAAUGUCCUCUCCAAAGGGGCAUACAAUUAUAGAAACUAGAAUAUAAGCUUUAUUAAAAUCAUUAAUUACCACUAUUUUCUAACACACUAUUUCAUUUUCAAACACAUAACAGAGCAAAUAAGAAAAAAACUAUAGACCAUAUUACCAUAUAUGUACAUAUAUAUAUAUAUCUAUGCUAUGAAACUUUAUAAGAAUUAAAGCUUAUUAAUAUAGAUAUAAAAGAUCUAGACUUAUCAUAUAUUAUGGGGCAGGUAGUUGAAGAGAAAGUUGGUCAUCAUUCAUAUGGAGAAGAUCAUCAUGAUCAUCAAGCCGAUUAUACACAAGAUGGAUCUGUUGAUAUCAAAGGAAGACCUGUUUUAAGAUCAAAAACUGGAAGAUGGAGAGCUUGUUUCUUCAUUCUAGGAUAUGAGAUGUUUGAGAGAUUUGCAAUUGUGGGGGUUCAAGCUAAUCUAGUGUUGUACUUAACAAGAGAGCUUCAUCAAGGCACUGUAACAGCUUCAAACAGUGUGACGAACUGGAUUGGUACCAUGUGGCUCACACCCUUAUUAGGAGCUUACAUUGCUGAUUCAUAUCUAGGCCGAUAUUGGACAAGUGUCAUAGCUUCAUCAAUUUAUCUCUUGGGAAUGAUACUCUUAACUCUGGCAGUAUCAGUACCAGCUCUAAGGCCACCAUCAUGUAGUAGCCAAAGACUCAAAGAAGAAAAUUGCCCAAAAGCCUCAUUCUUCCAAGUGGGUGUGUUCUAUUUGGCACUAUACAUAAUAGCAGUGGGAAAUGGAGGUACCAGAUCGAACAUGUCCACCAUGGGAGCCGAUCAAUUCGAUGUUUUUGAGCCAAAGGAGAAGACCCAAAAGCUCUCAUUCUUCAACUGGUGGAUGUCUAGUAUCUUAGUAGGUGUCUUAUUCUCGAGCACUUUCUUGGUUUACAUACAAGACAAUGUGGGGUGGUCCCUUGGCUAUGGCAUUCCAACCGUAGGACUUGGAAUCUCAGUCCUUGUGUUGCUGUUGGGUACCCCAUUUUAUAGGCUUAAGUUGCCUGUUGGGAGUCCUUUAACCAAGAUGGCUAUGGUACUUGUGGCAACUUUUAGGAAGUGGAGAGUGGCUUUACCUGUUGACCCAAAGGACCUUUAUGAGUUGAGCUUGGAAGAGUAUGCAAACAGUGAUGUGAAAAUGAUUAGACUUGAUCAUACUUCUUCGUUAAGAUUCCUUGACAAAGCAGCAGUGAAGACUGGACCAACCUCACCAUGGAUGCUAACUCCAGUGACCCAAGUCGAAGAAACCAAACAAAUGAUCAAAAUGAUCCCAAUUUUGGUUGUCUCAUUCAUACCAAACACAAUACUAGCUCAACUCGUAACCCUAUUCAUCAAACAAGGCACCACCCUAGACAGAAGGCUAGGCUCUCACUUCCAAAUCCCACCAGCCUGCCUCAUAGUAUUCGUGACCAUCUCCUUCCUCCUAAGCCUCGUGGCCUACGACCGUCUCUUCGUCCCAACCGUUCGACGAUACACCAAAAACCCUAGAGGCAUCACCAUGCUUCAAAGAAUGGGCAUCGGCCUAGUCAUCCAUGUCAUAGUCAUGAUCACAGCUAGCCUGGCCGAGAGAAAGAGACUCAACGCGGCAAUGUCAAACGGCACCUUAGGCAAAAACGACACCGUUCCUCUGUCGAUACUCAUACUGCUACCUCAGUUCGCUUUCAUGGGCGUUGGUGACACGUUUAUGGAACCUUCACAGAUGGAGUUUUACUACGACCAAGCACCAGAGAGCAUGAAAAGCCUGGGGUCUUCGUUGUUUUGUUUGAGCAAAGGGGUUGGGUUUUUUCUGAGUAGUUUUUUGUUGUCGACGGUGGCUGAGAUAACGAAGAAGAAGAAUAAUGGGCAUGGUGGGUGGGUUUUGGAUAACCUUAAUGUGUCUCGAAUGGACUAUUACUAUGCGUUUUUGGCAGUGUUGGCUUUCCUCAACUUGAUUUUGUUUGUGGUCUUUGCUAAGUUGUUUGUUUACAACGCUGAUCGAUCAUCAAGUCAAAAAAUAAGCCGAUGAGUCAUCACUUAAUUUUAAUUAAAGCUUGUUAUUAUUAGUUCAA